CGUCCUUGGGGCCGACGGGCGGGGCGGGGCGGGGCGCGGCGGCUGCGCGGGGGCGCACGUGCGGCGGCCGCGAUGAAGUUCGCGUACCGGUUCUCAAAUUUGCUGGGGACGGUCUAUCGGUGUGGAAAUUUGAAUUUUACGUGCGAUGGAAAUUCAGUGAUCAGUCCUGUGGGAAAUAGAGUCACUGUAUUUGACCUUAAAAACAACAAAUCCAACACUCUGCCCUUGGCUACUCGGUACAACAUCAGGUGUGUAGGGCUGUCCCCAGACGGCCGCCUGGCCAUCAUCGUCGAUGAAGGGGGGGACGCGCUGCUGGUCAGCUUGGUGUGCAGGUCCGUGCUUCACCACUUUCACUUCAAGGGCUCGGUGCACAGUGUCUCCUUCUCUCCUGAUGGCAGGAAGUUUGUCGUCACAAAAGGCAACAUCGCUCAGAUGUACCAUGCCCCUGGGAGGAAGCGGGAAUUCAACGCGUUCGUCCUGGACAAAACCUACUUUGGGCCGUACGAUGAGACCACGUGCAUCGACUGGACUGACGACUCCAGGUGCUUUGCAGUCGGGAGCAAAGACAUGUCCACGUGGGUGUUUGGAGCUGAGCGCUGGGACAACCUCAUCUACUACGCGCUGGGGGGACACAAGGACGUGAUCGUGGCCUGCUUCUUUGAAUCCAGCAGCCUAGACCUGUACACGCUCAGCCAGGACGGAGCCCUGUGUGUGUGGCAGUGUGACACGCCCCCCGAGGGCCUGCGGCUGAAAGCGCCCACGGGCUGGAAGGCGGAGCUGCUGCAGGGGGCCGAGGAGGAGGAGGAGGAGGAGGAGGAGGAGACCACCGUCCGGGGGAAAGCCACGCCGGCUGCCGAGGAGCAGCAGGGAAAAGUGAAAUACUCUCGGCUGGCCAAGUACUUUUUCAAUAAAGAGGGAGAUUUUAACAACCUGACAGCCGCGGCGUUUCACAAGAAGACCCACCUCUUGGUCACUGGCUUUGCCUCUGGGAUCUUCCACCUUCACGAGCUCCCCGAGUUCAACCUCAUCCACUCCCUGAGCAUCUCUGAUCAGAGGAUCGCUUCCAUCGCUGUCAACGGCUCCGGAGACUGGAUUGCUUUUGGCUGCUCAGGCCUGGGCCAGCUGCUGGUGUGGGAGUGGCAGAGUGAGUCCUACGUGCUCAAGCAGCAGGGCCAUUUCCACAGCAUGGCGUCCCUGGCCUACUCCCCCGACGGGCAGUGCAUCGUCACCGGCAGUGACGACGGCAAGGUCAAGGUGUGGAACACCCUCAGCGGGUUCUGCUUCGUCACGUUCACGGAGCACUCGAGUGGGGUCACCGGCGUGACUUUCACGGCCACUGGCUAUGUCAUUGUGAGCUCUUCCAUGGACGGGACUGUGCGUGCUUUUGACCUUCACAGGUACCGGAACUUCCGCACCUUCACGUCCCCGCGGCCCACCCAGUUCUCCUGCGUGGCUGUGGACUGCAGCGGGGAGGUCGUUUCUGCCGGCGCCCAGGACUCCUUCGAGGUCUUCAUCUGGUCCAUGCAGACAGGCAGGCUCCUGGACGUCCUGUCUGGUCACGAGGGCCCCAUCAGCAGUCUGUGCUUUAACCCCGUGAGGUCGGUUCUGGCCAGUGCCUCCUGGGACAGGACUGUGCGCCUGUGGGACAUGGCGGACAGCUGGAGGACCACGGAGACGCUGGGCCUGACCUCGGACGCUCUGGCUGUGACCUUUCGCCCUGACGGUGCGGAGCUGGCUGUGGCCACCCUGAACUCCCAGAUCACCUUUUGGGACCCUGAGAACGCCGUGCAGACAGGUUCCAUCGAGGGCAGGCAUGACCUCAAGACGGGCAGGAAGGAGCUGGAUAAGGUCACCGCCAAGCAUUCAGCCAAGGGGAAGGCCUUCACCACUUUGUGCUACUCUGCGGACGGCCAGAGCGUCCUGGCGGGAGGGAUGUCCAAGUUCGUGUGCAUCUAUCAUGUCAAGGAGCAGAUCCUCAGGAAGAAGUUUGAGAUCUCCUGCAACCUCUCCCUGGACGCCAUGGAGGAGUUUUUGAACCGAAGGAAAAUGACGGAGUUUGGCAACCUGGCGCUAAUCGAUGAAGAUGCUGGGGUGGAGGAUGGAGUUGUGAUACCACUGCCGGGUGUAAAGAAAGGUGACAUGAGCUCUCGGCACUUCAAGCCUGAAAUCAGGGUGACGUCACUUCGCUUCUCUCCCACCGGGCGCUGCUGGGCGGCCACCACCACCGAGGGGCUCGUCGUCUACUCCCUGGACACCCAGAUGCUGUUUGACCCGUUUGAGUUGGACACCGGCGUCACCCCUGUGCGGAUUCGGGCGGCCCUGCGCCAGCAGGACUACACCAGGGCCAUCCUCCUGGCCUUCCGGCUCAACGAGAGAAAGCUGCUGCAGGAGGUGCUGGAGUCGGUGCCCUGGGACGAGGUUGAAGUUGUCAGCUCCUCGCUUCCUGAGUUGUACGUGGAAAAAGUGCUGGAGUUCUUAGCUUCAUCCUUUGAAGUGUCUCGCCACCUGGAAUUCUACCUCAUAUGGACUCAGAAAUUGCUUCUGGUGCACGGGCAGAAGCUGAAGUCCAGAGUGGGGAAGGUGCUGCCAGCCGUUCAGUUCCUUCAGAAGAGCAUCCAGCGGCACUUGGACGACGUCUCCAAGCUGUGUGACUGGAACCGCUAUAACAUCCAGUACGCUCUGGCUGUGUCCAAGCAGCGGGGCCUGAAACGCCCCUCAGAACCGCUGGGAAGCGACGAGGAAGCAAACGCGUCCGAUGACGACACUCUGCAUCUGCUCGGCACAGGACAGGGGGACGGGGAUGGGCAGCUGAUGUAGGGCCGGCCACGUUCCCAACCCUCCUUGUUUUGGUUAAGACCCCCGAAGAGACGGAGCCCCGUGGCCUGGGCCCGGGAAGCGAGUGGGAGGGUGGUGCAGAGACAGCGACUUCCUGUAGGCGCCAAACACGGCUGCAGCGCCGGGGCCGGUCGCCUGCUCCCGGGCCAGCACCGGCUUGGCACUCGGCCCGGGGCCCACGUGGUGUGGGCCGAAUGAACGCUGCUCGUCUACUGUUGGAAACGCUUCUCUGGAGAGGUGAAUGGGAUCGUUUUUAUAGACUGGAACUUUGUGUGACCGAUAUUUAUAUGUUUUACAGUUUUGAUGAUAGAUUUAGAGAUGAAAAAAUGAGGUUUUCUACGAUAAAAGUAUGGAUUAAAUCAA